UCUCCUUCAUGUAACGAUAUCCAUUAUACUUACAAUACAUACUGUACAGUAAACUUGUACUUCUGCAAUGUAAGGCAGGAAUUUAAAUGUGACGUAACGCUGAAAGGAGUAUUGGGUUUAAAGACCCGAUCAGUGCCUCGAGAUUUUGAAAUAUGGACCUACUGAUCGAAUGUUGUUCAAUAUUGGGAAUUAUAUUAUUAAAUUCAGUUGCAGACUGUUCUACUCGCAGCACGUCCCACCUACAGUACUACUCCUAUCGAUACUCGGACACCAGAUCAGACAGUUGGAUUGCCGGAGCAGUAAUUGGUGGAAUAUUCGGGUUCAUAGUUUUACUUACUAUUACCUAUAUAUGUUGCCAUGCCAACGGUUGUUGCAAAAUCACAAAGCCAAACCAUCGUCGGAGAGCAGUAGAACCCGGCAAUGCGUCUCAUCCAUACACAACAACAAUAAACGUCCAAUCUAGACCUGGGAGUGAGAUAUCCAGAAAUCAAAUCAACAUUCAUACAGAGGACCUUGUAAUAAACAACCAAUCCGAAUUCUUCCGAAAUCACGCCCCAGUGGAUUCCUCGUCUAAUAGACGACACUUUCCUAUAAACGAGCCCCCUCCUUCUAUACCUGGAUACCGACCGCAGAUGCCAGUGGUGCGGGAGCUCUCCGAGGGCCGGAUAUUAUCACCGCCGCCACCGUAUACAGAGUUAGACUCAACCAUAGUUUCGUAACAUUUGUGCCAAAUUCACAUUUUCGUGGUGCUUUAUUCGAUAUCUUUUUAAUCGAAUACAUCCUUAUAAGAAUGUUAUACCAUGUCUAACAUUUUAUUAAGAAGUAUGUCUAUGUGUUCUCGUGUACAUGAUAUUGUUGUUUCUCGUUGAGCGAGAUUAAGAUGUUUACUAUGUUGUCACGAUUUUCUGUGAUUGUCUCAUGAUUUAUUUCACGUCGAUGAACAGAUUUUCAAGAAAGGUGGUUAGGAAAUAAAUUGAUUUGAAAAUGAAA